AUGUUAGAAAAUGAAUUGUUACUAGAUAAUGAAAUCUCUAUAUCACAUAUUCAACAUGAUUUUUUUAAUGAUUCUGAUAAUGAAACUUUCCGUUCUGAUAGUAAAGUUUAUGAAAACAAUUUAGAAACAGUCUAUACUUUUAAUAAUGAAGUAUUACAAUAUGCAUGCAAAAUAGCUGAAGAAAAAGAAGAGAUAACAGAUGAUGAGCUACUUAAAAGUUUAAGUAAUAUUGAUGAUGAGUUAUUUGAAUGCCUAAGUAAUAGUGAUGAAUCAUUAAUGAAUAUAGAAACUGAAUCAAUUUUAAUAAGAUCUGAAAAAUCAACAAGUUUAUUUACAAAUAAUAAUAUGUCUCAAAUAUUUACAGCUUGUUGUCAACUUGUUGAGAUGUGGGAAAUUGCAGAAAAUGCUGUACAAGAAAAUCUUUUAGAUCAAAAUUUACAAAUUUCUUGUAUUAGUCAGACAUAUUAUCCUGCUUUAAAACAACAAAAUUGCUUUUUGAUUAUUCAAUCUACUACUAAUAGUUCACAAUCAUAUUAUGUUUGUUGUAACUGUUUUGAAAAAAAUAGUAGUUAUUUGUAUUAUUGGCUUAGAAAAGGCAAACCUAUUAAAACAUAUCAAAAAUCUGGACUACAUAAUAAAGAUACUACUUUAGCUCUUAAAUUACUUAGUAAAUUAAUAUUCAAUAUCACAGAAUUUAGUAAUACUAAAAUAAAAAGAAAUCUUUUAAAUUAUUUAAGUCCUACUUUGCAAAUUUUAAUAGAUAAUA